UUUGAAAAACAAGGUACUGUGUUGGCUCAAUCAUUGAUAAAUGUCCCCUCAGAACCCUACACAUGUGCCUCCCAUGUCGCCCAUUCACAUUUGUUACAAGACACUUCCCUUUUUUUCUGUCUUUUAUUCUCAAUCAUGUCCCACCCCCCUUAACUCCAACCAUUUCCAUCUCAUUCCCACACUCCUUAAAUAAAUCCCCACAUUUUUGCACCAUUUCCUAGUGUGUUCGUGUGCCUCAAAAAUUUUAUUCAAUUCUUUGAACUUCACACACACUGAUAAUAAUAAUAACACGAUUCCAUUAUUCUAAAGCAAACGUACACACGCUAUGACUUCUGCAACUGGUAAUGACACUGGCUCUGCAGGUUCUUCUUCUGGCUUUGGAUCUCCCUGUGGGGCAUGCAAGUUCCUAAGAAGAAAGUGUGCCGCUGAUUGCAUUUUUGCACCUUACUUUUGCUCAGAACAAGGAGCUGCUAGAUUCGCUGCCAUUCAUAAGGUGUUCGGUGCUAGCAACGUUUCCAAGCUGCUCCUGCGUAUACCAGCUCACCAACGUUUUGAGGCAAUGCUCACACUUGCUUAUGAAGCACAAGCUCGCGUCAGAGACCCUGUUUAUGGUUGUGUCUCCCAUAUUUUCACCUUGCAACAACAGGUAGCAUGCUUGCAGGCACAAGUAAUGCAAAUGAAGGCACAACUAGACCAGAACCAGAUGGAGUCCAGGAACUUGGAGAAUCAUGGGUCAGAUAAUGUUAUUAGACAACCAUUCAAUCCAUUUUGUUUCACUUCCAUGAAUAACCCCACAUCUCCUCAGAGCUCACUUGAUUCAAUUGAUUAUAGCAGCAUCAAUGAUGGAAUGAGCAUGCGAGAUGUACAAAGAAGAGAGGAUUUCUCACUGCAAGCUUGUAAUUUUAAGAAAAGAUCUUAUAACAAUGACUUGGAUGAGUUGCAAGAAUUGGCACUCAGGAUGAUGAGGAACUGUGACUAGGAAAGUUAUAAAGUUAAUCCUUAAUUGUCUUUAUUUAAUUUCUUGAAGGAUAUUAAUAUUCCUUUGAUGCUGAAGGGUGAUAGUUUUUUGCCUAGUGUUGUAUAUACUAAUGAGUGUCGAGAAGAAACGUGCUUGUCAUAAAUGAUAAUCCUAAACCAGCACUAGGCUUUUCUCUGUUUUUGGAUUUAAUCCAAAAGAAAUCAAAUUUUUGAAGACAAGUAAAGUCUUUUUUCUCUUUA